AAGUCAAGUUAAAUAAAUUUCUGAAAGUUUUAUAAAUGAAUUAAAAAAAUCAUUACAUACAGAUACAGGUCCACUCCUGACCCUUUGUUUCAUAUAUUAGAAUUUAUUUGCCGUUAAAGCAAACCUCGGCAUGAAUGCAUGCAUGAUGAUGCGCCUAUACUGCAACUGCGCACUGUUGCCAUCUUUUGUCUCUGCGAUGGAGGAUCACAGACUUCCCAUUUUUUCCUGAUUUGAUGCAUUGUCACUAUUGAAGCAAUGCGUAGAGCGAUCUCCUUUCUCGUUCAACCGCGAUGCCUCCUUCUCUUCCUUGUUCUCUCAAUUUUCUUGAUUUUCGCAAUAUCUGGUUCCAAAUGGCUUGAAGAGAAAGAAGAAGAAAAUCCUGAAAUUACACACAGAGUAUUCUUGGAGGUUGAUAUUGAUGGACAACGAUUAGGUAGGAUUGUCAUUGGAUUGUAUGGCCAAGUUGUACCAAAAACUGUGGAAAACUUUAGAGCUUUGUGCACAGGGGAGAAAGGAAAGAGUGCCAGUGGUGUAAAACUUCAUUACAAAGGAAUACCAUUUCAUAGGAUAAUAUCUGGUUUCGUAAUUCAGGGUGGAGAUAUUGUUCAUCAUGAUGGAAGAGGAUAUGAAUCCGUUUAUGGCAGCACCUUUCCUGAUGAGACUUUCAAGACAAAACAUUCACAUGCUGGUGUUGUCUCCAUGGUGAAUUCGGGUCCUGAUUCCAACGGCUCACAGUUUUUUAUCACUACAGUGAAGGCCAGCUGGUUAGAUGGAGAACAUGUUGUGUUUGGCAAGGUUGUCCAAGGCAUGGAUACUGUAUUUGCAAUUGAAGGGGGUGCUGGAACCUACAAUGGGAAACCCAGAAAGAAGGUAGUGAUUGCAGACUCUGGAGAGAUACCCAAGAGCCAGUGGGAUGAGGAAACAUGAGCUCCCUGGUUGAAGCGCUAAUAAAUUAUUCGACAGUUGAAAAAAUGGAUUACAUGUUUUAUAUUAAAUUUCCACCGUAAAAUGUUUAGGAAAUCUCACGGGUCAGUUUCCCCCACCCCCAUGAAACAGUUUUAUGCACUUUAUUUUUUCUUUCCAGAUCCAGUUCAUUACUUUCCUUAGCUUUGCUUAUUGUAUUUCACA